AUGCCUGGUAUCCAGGACACCGCAAACCAACCAGAAAGUCUCGGUCCAGCGCUGUACCGAGCCGUCCUCGAGAAUGACCGAAAAGAGGUUCGUUCGCUCUUGAAGAAGGGUGCAGAUCCAAAUACCUCAUGCAGUUGUGGGACAACUUGUCUCGCUAAAGCGGCCGAGAAGGGGUACCUCGACAUCUUUAAACUCCUUGUUAGAAAGGGGGCUUCAUGGGAUACAAAAAACAAAGAUGAAGAGUCACCAGAGGAUCUAGCAACACGGAACGGGAAUAGUUUGGUAUUAGGGAAACUGAGAACUGCGGACUUGGAACGACAAGAUCAUUGGUUUUCUGCGGCUCGCGAUGGUCUAGUGGGAAAGAUGAGGGAUAUGAUGGAUAGAAGCGGAUUAGAUCCCGGAAUUCAGAGCUCCGCGGGUAGUAGAGCUUUGGAGAUUGCAGUCGACUACAACCAGAAAGAAGUGGUUGAAUUUCUGCGGGAUAAGAAAACCAAAUCAGGUGUGCCUUUGACAACAUUGAGGGAUGAAAAAGGGAGGACUGCUCUACAAUUGGCGGAAAAGUUUGGCCAUGUUGAGAUCACCGGGUUGUUACUCAACGACAUGGUUGAUUCUGGCGUUAAUUCUUGA